UUACGAUAGGACCGCGCGCAUACAGUUCGCGGGGAGCGCUCGUGUAGUGCGCGUUGUUGUCCCGUGUUCCUCUAGAUGAUCGAUCACGUGGGAAGCAGAGCGGCGGUUGGUUUACGCGAUACGGUGGCGGCGAUCGAGCUCGAUCGAGGGGUGCUAUUAGAUAAUAAUAAAUGUGUCGGGCUCCGUGAUGGACAACCCUAGCGGCGGAAGGGACGGUCGUUACGCGAGUCUCGGCUACGGCAUGGGGAUGAUCGGUAGCGACGGUGCCACGGAAAUGUACGGGCGGCCGUCCACCUCCCAACUCGGUGCUGCUGCUGCUGCCGCCGCCGCCGCAGCCGCUGCUGCUUCUCAGUUGGGCCAACGUGGUGGCGCCACCAUGAUGCCCGGGGGCGGCCCGACGCCCGGCGUCGCCACGGUCCAGAGUAGAGGCAUCAAGAGGACGACGUCGGAUGUUUGUUACACCGAUGACACUAACGCCAGGCAGCAGGCCCUUUCCCAACAGCAGCAGCAGCAGCAACAACAACAACAACAACAACAACAACAGCAGCAGCAGCAACAGAGUAUGACGAUGUCAGAUUGUGUCGCCGAGAAUCUCGAUGAGUCCUUCACGAAUCUCGGACAGCCGAAGAAGUCGCCACCCUCUAAUGGAAAGAAGACCAAGGGUAGAGUCAAGAUUAAAAUGGAGUACAUCGAUAACAAGUUAAGGAGGUACACCACAUUUUCCAAGAGGAAGACCGGUAUCAUGAAGAAGGCGUACGAGCUUUCGACAUUGACCGGUACGCAAGUGAUGCUAUUGGUGGCGAGUGAGACCGGGCACGUUUAUACGUUUGCGACGCGCAAACUGCAGCCGAUGAUAACGAGCGAGGCCGGGAAAGCGUUGAUCCAGACGUGCCUGAAUAGUCCCGAUCCACCGCCUUCUGGUUCCUCGGGAGAUCAACGGAUGUCGGCGACCGGAUUCGAGGAGACCGAGUUAACCUACAACAUCGGCGACGAGGAGCAGAAAGAAGACGGUACGUCGCCUAGAUCGGACGUCUGCGCAAACGAGAGCGACGGUGAUACGAGCGACGGCGAUUCACCAGUUUCGAAGGAUCUCGCAAAGAAUCAUUCGGGUAAUAUACCUUCGUUCUCCGCUGGAAUCAUGUACCAGAUGCCACAAAGUGUCAUUUAUUCGCCUAGUCCGGGUGUUUUGCUCGGUAUCGGACAAAACGGUCAACCGGUACAAAUUUCACAAGACGGAGGUACGACAACAUCGGUUAAUUCAUCGCAAGGAAAUCAACCGUUCAUCACGAUACCGCUUAACGUGGCGAUGAGUGCCGCAGGUCUCUCAUUGCCGGUGUCAUCGAGAACGAGCUUGUCAUCUCCGUCACCGAGAUCACCGAUUUCAGGGUCAGCAUCUUCAGUUGCAUGCGAAUUGCCCUCCGACCUUACAAAGGACAGAGAGUGACAAAGGCGAAACGUAAACGGUGAUGCUCAUAUUCGAGUCUCGCUGUGUCGUAAACCAUCGGAAAAGUUUCCGAAGGAAUCUCGAUUCGAGUCUCGAAGACGGAAGGAAAAGAGAAUUCAUGAAGAAGAAAAAAAAGAAGAACAAGAAGAAGGAUUAAGGGAAAACAAAGAACAGGAAGGUUCGAAGGAAAACGAAACGAAAGAAAUAUCUACAAGGAUUAUCAAGUAUCUUAAAAAUGGCGACACGAUCAUGAAGGAACCGAGGAAGAAACGAAUAGCCGAAAAAAUUUAGACUAUACAAACGAGGCCCUGGCUCUUCUUCCUUCAAGUUUUUCGCGAUUAAAAAUGGACUAAACGUGACAAGUGAGUCUCUCUUUCUCUCUCUCUCUCUCUCUCUCUCUCUCUCUCUCUUUCUCUCUCUCUCUCUCUCUCAUUCUCUCACUCUCUCUCUCUCUCUCUCUCUUUCAUUCUCUCACUCUCUCUCUGUCAUUCUCCUACUCUCUCAUUCGUUCACUCACUCUGUCUUUCUCUUUUCCGCUAUACAUCGAUUUUCUUUCAUCUCGGAGAUCGUCGAAGAAAGAUAAUUCUUUGAUUAUUAUGUCCCUUCGUUCGAGUCUUGGAUGAGUUAUCGCAAGUAGGUCGAUCGUGACACCACCGACGACAACGACAACAACGACAACGAUAACGAUGACGACGACGACGACAACGACGACAAUGAUGAUGACAGACGCGCGAAAGCCGCAUACUUUUCUUACAUCCCGAUAUAACUGUUUGAGAUGUGACCAGUCGAAGGCAUGCGACUUUUGAGUUCGGAUCGAAAGAACGGAAAGUAACAAAAGGGACAAAAAACUUUUAACUCGAAUGGAUAUAUAUAUCCAUAUUUAUAUAUAUAUAUGUAUAUAUAUAUAUAUAUAUACAUACAUAAAGCACGAAUUCUACCGAUCGAAAAUUAAUUUCUCCGAAAUUUUCAGGGUUGGAUGAGUUGGUGGGAGGGGAAAAAAUUAAAAUAUAAUCGAUCGUUGAUUUUUGUAUUCGCGUGAGUUUAUUUCUAAACAUCAUCAUUGUUCGAGUAUACGAAUUUUCAAAUGCCUAUGAUAAAUAUUAAAAGAAAUCAUAUUGUAAUAUCUAUUUGGUACGAUAUAUAUCGGUAUUGAUUUUGCGUCAUGAAUCGGUUAAAUCUCGGAAUGAUAGGAAACAGAUACGUUUGUUAAAAAAAAAAAAAAAAAAAAAAAAAAAGAAAAAGGAAAGGAAAAAAUUCAUUCUAAAUUUAUUAAUGAGAUAUAGUUUGCAUCGAGUACGAUGCUAAAAAAAAACCUGAAACAUUUUUUUAAAAAUAUAUCUACUACACGAUAUGACGUGAUCUAUCGGAUGAUAUAUAUUUCAAUUCAUAUUCGAAAAAAAGAAUUUAUUUUUGUUGAACAGUGAAUUAUUAAAUUCCGUAUGCCCAUGAACAAUCGAUCCUUGAUUCUUCGUCGUUCCAUGAAAAUCUUUUGAAAAAAUGGCCAAACACUUAAAUUAAUAAUAAUUAAUUUAAUUUUGUUUGUUUAUCAAGGAGAAUUCUAAAUUCUUUACGACGACGGUCAAUGGAGGGAUGAUUUUUUUCUGGAAAAGAAGAAAAAAAAAAAAGAAAGAAAGUAAAUGCUAUAACACUCUAAUCAUAUGGUUUUAUAACGAUUUGAUUUCUUUUCUUUUUGUUUUUUUUUUCUUCUUAUAUUUAUCAAUAUCCAUUAUCGGUCUUAUGACAAUCACAAUCCGAUUUAAUUCUCCAUCACUAUUUCCCUUCUCGACGAUCUUUACAAGUUCCUUAUUUAAUAUUUAUCUUAGUUAUGAGAAGAUCGUCUUCGAAGAUUUAAAAAAUAUCGAUGACCCGAGUGUAAGUAUUUUUCUAUAGAUCAGUUUUUUUUUUCUUUUUAUUUUCUUUUUCUUUCUUUUUUUUUUCAACCAAUCACAAUAACAAAAAAUACUUUCACGCAUUAGGACAUCGCGAUUGCUUAAAAAGAAAAUAAUAGUAAAAAUUGAACGUACUUAUGAUCGAUAAGUAAUUUGUUUGAAUAUUUACGAUCAUGCACGGUCUCCUCAAAUUAUUAAUAAACAAUAAACAAAAUACAAUGGUUAUUUUAGCGAUCGAUAUUAUCUAAAAAGUUUUAAUCCGUCAGAUGAAACGCAACUGACUCGAUCGAAUCCGAUACGUUCGUCGAUAGUGAUACGCUCGAAUUAACAAGAUAGAAGAACGAUCAUGCCUUGGUGAGAUCAAUUAAUUAAGAUCAAUUGAGAAAGAUCGUGGAGUGUCAUAUCGAACACCUUGUUUAAAUUUCAUUAGCUCGACCGAUCGAGGAGAGAGGGCUCUUUUAUGCCCUAUACGACAGAUCCAACUCGUAACUCGAUAAAAAGUGCGUGAAAAUGGACGAUUCAUCGGUUUUAUGUUUCAGGACGUUCUGAAAAUUAUACUACAGGGUUACGGUAUAAUCGUUCAAACAACGUAUCUCCAAUUAUUCGAUUCCCGAAUACGCACUGCCAAUUACGAGACUGAUACUAUACAUGAUUUCUUAUUGAUGUUGCAACGAACCUGCGAGAAGAAAGUUGGAUUUUUGUAAUUGGAUCACGAGGAUCGGAUGGAUGAUCCAAUUCGAAAAAUGUCUAUGUCGAAUAGAUCCUGAUUUCGAAUAGAAAGAAUUUUUGGUAUGAAUGAAUUAUUAGCAAACAGUGCGAAAAGAUAUAAGUAUAUUCCAUCAAAUAAGACAAUUUCAAAAUAUCUUUCUUCUCGAUCUUUCCUUGAUAUUAUUACGAAUAUCAAAAAUACGAAGAUCGAUGAAGUUACAUCUGACAAAUCCUAUACUCUUUCCUCGUCAACUAUCGAUUUAUAAAAUGAAAUUGUAAAUUCAUAUUCAUAUCUAAUUGUCCUCAUUUAAAAUCAACAUAACAUUUGAUAUAAUGCAAUUUAGAGUCGCCGAAAAGAGAAAGCAGAUUAUAUACGUAUAUAUAUAUAUGUAUGUAUAUAUAUACGUAUUUAUACACAAUUUUAUAUUACUUUAUGUAGAAUCUUGUCACGAUCUAUCUCAAAUUCAUAAAUAAGAUAAUUCAUAAUAAUUCAUAAUAAUUCAUGGAACGAAGAGUCUUCGUUAAUUUUUGAUAAAGAUGAAUUCGAUCUAAUAUAUGAUACACAAAAGUGAGAUCUGACGUUGAAAUUUAGAUCGGAUCGAUUAAUAUAUAAAAUCGAUGAUAUUAAUAAUGAUUAUUAAUGGUACUUUCGUAAAAUACCUAUUAAUAAUAAUGAAGAAGUAGAGAUAUUAUUAGGAAGACCUUGAAGAAAUGGAAGUCGUUGGGUCUUGUACGAUCUUAAUGGUGAUAUAAUAUAUUUGGAUUAUUUCAGAUAAAAUAAUAACCAUAAGACAUCAUGGAGUACCUUAAAUGGCCGAUUGAAAAAAAAAAACCUUGAACGACGUGAUUGUGUUAAAAUAAAUAACGAAGAUAUGAGCAUUUUUAUUGGACGCGUAUGUCGAAAUGAAUUUAACUUCUUUUUUUUAUUUGUUAUUGAUUUUUUUUUUUUUUUUCUUUUAUUCCUGACUUAGUUAUUUAACGACAUUAUUUUUAUUUUUAAUUUCGUUUUAUUACAUUUUGUAAUACGUAUCUUUAUGUAUGCAAGUUGAAAGAAAUCUCGUUAUUAGAAGCGGCUAGCAAUAGAUGUAUUUGGAUAUAAAAAAAAAAGGAAGAAGAAGUAGAAAAAAAUAAUAUCUAUGUACGUGUGCCGUUCAAUACGAACUACUAGUCAAAACUAAAGGCUAGAUUUAGCCUAAUAACGUGCAAUAACGUUGUGAUUAUACGAAAUUUUAAUUGUACAUGUAAUGAUGGUGCAUUUUUGAUAGCGCCAAUACUUUGCAGAGAAAUAAAUGAAUAGAGAGCAUCGUUUUAUUAACUUUCGCGUAUGAAUUUUGUAAAUCAACGAACGAUAUCUAUGUUCGAUUAAAGGGGAAAAAAAAAAAAAAAAAAAAAAAGAAAAAAAAGAAGAAAAAAAAGAAACAAAGAAGAAAGCAAAAAUAGAAAAAAAAAAAGGAUUAAGAAUUCUUAUAAAAAAAUUUUGCGAUUUGCGUAAAGGCUUAUUUUUAUAAACUAAUGUGAAUAUAUUAUAAGGAAAUAAAGGAUCGAAGAAUUGACGGUAAGUUGAUACCGUUUUACUUUACAGGCCGUACAGAUUUUACGCCUAAACCCCGACAAGAUGGAGUUCACAAAAGAAGUAUUAAUUAUUCUCUUUCUUCAUAUUCCUGAUCCUAUCGAACAUCGUGUUAUUUCGUAAUUAAAGAUCCUUUAAAGAGCUUACAUUUCUUUGCGAUUGAUCUGUUAGCAAUAAAAAAAUGUUCUCGACUUUUAACGAUAAACUUAAUCGUUCGAUGAUUUGAAUCACAGUCAUACUUAUAGAAAUUAAAAUUGCACGUUCUUUCGAAUUUUCUUAAUUAAUUUCCAUCGAUUAAAUAAUUUUAUGUUCAGAUAACUUUUUUUUUGUUUUUUUCUUUUUUUUUUUUCUUUUUCUUUUUUAUACACCAAUUUAUGGAAAUAGAAUGUUCUGCAGGUAAUAUAAAGGUCAACAUAUUAAAUGUAUAAUCAAUACGAGUCUUUCCACAUACAUUCGUAAUAUUAUAAUAUAUCUAAUAAUAGUAUUCAAAAUUUUCUUUUAUUAAUAUAGUAAAACUUUUUUUCAAGAAAUUCAUCAUUAAUAUCAAUCAAUUUAUGAUGUCAACAGCAUCGACAUUUUAAUAUAUAAUCAGGUUGUAGAAUAUAUAUAUAUAUAUAUAUAACGCAAUAUAUAUAUCGUGCAAUCCAAAUGAAAAAUAUCGCUUAAAGUAUCGCAAAAAAAUUCAAUAAAAUCAUUUCUCAUGUAAACUGCCUAAAAAAAGAAACACCCUGUGUUUUUAAUUAAGACGAAGAAGAGGACGAGUAUUUUUCUCAUCAUUAAACUAAGGAAUGUAAUCUUUGUAAUAAAAUAAUAUACAUAGAGAGAUGUCCGAAUGAAUGGAUUUAUCAAUUACGUCGAUCAUUAUGUCGAUACGAAACGAUUGGGAUUAACAUUGAGAUGACAUGUUAAUGAGAAUGGAGAGUACGGGCGCAAAUGGAAGAAAAACAAAAACAAAAAAGAAGAAAAAAAAAAGGGUGGAAAAUCAAUAUCAUAAUUCGAUCGGUUCCUUGUAAAUUUCUUCACGCGUGCCAAAUAGUUACGUGACAAAAUAAAAAAAAGAAUAGAAGAUAAGGGAGUAAUUAUUAUUGACUUCCAACAACUUUAUAUGUCUUGUAAUAAACAUUUUGAGAAAAAAAAAACCAUUGUUAUCUUCUCAUCGAUCACGAGCUAUUUGUAGUUUCUUAUUAAUAUUCUUUUACGCAAGCUUCGUUUCAAUUUUUAACAAUAAUUAUUUAGAAUUAAUUUCAAAGGACCGACUUUAUUAUGAUCUAAUAAGAAAUCACCGCGUUUCUAAGCAAUAAUAUGUAUUGUACAUACAUACAUACAUACAUACAUACAUACAUACAUACA